AGAAAAAGAAAAAGGAAAACAAGUACUUAUUACCGCUCCCACUGCAUUAUAAUUAAUUAAAAGUGCAUUGUAUGUUGCCCAUUUGCACAUAUAACCUCCUCUAAAUCUCUUCUCCACUCUCAUCACUCUCCUUUCCCCUCACAAAAAAAAGAGAACUCUACUACGGCGGGGGAGGAGGGGGAGGAGGAGGAGGAAGAGAGGGAGCAAGAGCUGGCGCUAGCGAUGCCGCAGUCGGCGGCGCCGAAGCUCUCACUCCAGCCCCACAAGCCGUCGCCGUCGCCGGCGGCUGCGGCGGCGGGGGUGGUGUGCACGGCGCACGAGAUACCGGCGGCGGUGGCGCGGCACCACGAGCACAGCGCGGGGGCGGGGCAGUGCUGCUCGGCGGUGGCGCAGCGCGUGGCGGCGCCCGUCGAGGCCGUGUGGUCGGUGGUGCGGCGCUUCGACCGGCCCCAGGCCUACAAGCGCUUCGUCCGCAGCUGCCGCGUCAUCGGCGGCGGNGGCCUGCCCGCGUCCACCAGCACGGAGCGCCUCGAGAUCCUCGACGACGAGCGCCACGUCCUCAGCUUCCGCGUCGUCGGCGGCGACCACCGCCUCGCCAACUACCGCUCCGUCACCACCCUCCACGCCGCAGACGACGACGACGACGACGGCGGCGGCGGCGGCGGCGCCGGCACGGUCGUGGUGGAGUCCUACGUCGUCGACGUGCCCCCCGGCAACACCCGCGACGACACCCGCAUCUUCGUCGACACCAUCGUCCGUUGCAACCUCCAGUCCCUCGCCCGCACCGCCCAGUCCCUCACCACAAAAACCACCAGCAGCAGCAGCAGCAGCAGCAGCAGCAGCGCUGCUACCGACAAUUGUGGAUCGAAUGACAACCAACAGAAAGAAGAAUACACAGAAGAAGAAGAAGAAGAAGAAGAAGAAGAAGGGUGAAAGCCCUUCGUAAGAACGAGAAAGGAAAAGAAUGUACGAAGAUUCACGACGACUUUUGUGCAUUUUGAAACGACCCUCAAUUUCUUCCUUUUCUUUCGCUUUUUACUGAUCGGCGCACGGUUCUUAACUUUUAGUUCUCGGACUCGAUUUGAAUGAUUUUGGGCAGGUAAAUUUGAAAAUUUUACUAAAUUUAAUAGUGAUUUUUUUUAGAUUUGAUCGCCCUGAUCAUUUUCUUCGGCUGGUGAAACUGCAGUAGAGCUAUUAAUUAAAUUUGGCAUGAUCUUUAAUUAAAAGUUAAGAAGGCUCAAUACAUAAAAGAAAUAGAGUCCAGUAGGGUAGCUGUUUCAAAAUGGUUUGUAGUUGAGGGGCGGGAGUACAUACAAGUAUGUAAUAUAUGGUCAUUAAUUUAGUUUUUUUUUUUUUUUUUU